AUGCAACCAAUUCGCCCAAACAGAUCUGAAUCACAUACAUAUCAACCAUAUGAAUAUCAUCCAUAUGGAUAUGAAACAAAUAGAUCUGAACCAUAUACAUAUCAACCAUAUGAGUAUCAACCAUAUGAAUAUCAACCAUAUGGAUAUGAAAUAAAUAGAUAUAAAAAUGAUUCGAUCAAUAUCCUGCCAAGUUAUUAUGAUGGAUAUUAUGACGCAACUUACUUUUGGAACAUAGAUAAUUCCAAUUAUUAUCAUAAUAUCAACUGGAUAAUUACAUCAAUGAGUUCUUAUACGAAGUUUGCCGGAUCAUCGAAGAACACUUCCGGUAUUCAUAUUGAGAGAAUAUCGAAAAACACUACACCAACAAAUUCAUAUAUACUUUGGAUCGAUAAGAAAACCGAAGACAAUUCUUUAGUGAUGAAGCAACUAAUAAAUGAGCAACCUGUUCAUAUAGAAUUUUGUGAAACAUAUUCGAUGGCAGAAAAUUAUCUUCAAAAGACCAUGGAGAAAAUAAAAUCAUCUUCAUCUCCAUUUCAAAUUAUUUGUCGUGGUUAUUAUAAAAGUGAAGAUAAAAAUCCAUUGAAUCUGUUAUUUUUCUUGGAUCGUUCUCACUUAAAAUGGGUUCCGGUAAUUGUCUUUACUCAAGAUAAAGAAGGUUUAAUGUAUCAUUUACAAAAUCAAGCACCAUCUAUGAGUAUCCCGGACUGGAAAGAUCGAUUAUACAUAGUAAAUAAUUCGACAGACUUAAUUGCUAAAGUCAAAUCUAAUAUUAAAAAUAAACGUGGCAACAAUCCUCCAAUAAAAUAG